CUGGGACAUGGUCAGGUAGUGCUGCUAGAGUUCCUGUCGGUGUGGCCUUCUCCGGUGACCAAUCAGAGCCCGUGUUCUGUGUCCUGCCUGGAGCUGCAGCUGCUGAGACUGGGGGAGAAGUGAACGUUCUGUCAGGAGCACGGCCACCACCUGCCAGGAGAUGAGUGACCACCCCACACCAGGGCCUCGUCUGAGGACCUACCGGGACCUGCCGGUGUGGGUGGUGGAGGACCACCACGAUGUAGGUGCUGCCUUUUAUCUAUCGAGCUAUUGGAUCCAAGCACUUGCCUGCCAGUAAUAUUAGCUUCAUUCACUUUGAUUCUCACCCUGAUCUCUUGAUACCAGUAAAUAUGCCCGCAGAUACUGUGUUCGACAAGGAAGCCUUGUUCAGCGAGUUAAGUAUCGAGAACUGGAUCCUGCCUGUAGUGUAUGCUGGGCACUUCUCUCAAGUGGUAUGGCUUCAUCCUUCAUGGGCGCAGCAGAUCAAAGAAGGCAAGCACUUCUUUCUGGUUGGCAAAGAUAAGUCUACAACUACAAUAAGGGUCACAAGCACGGAUGAUUACUUUCUAAGUGACGGUCUUUAUGUUCCCGAAGAACAGCUUGAAAACCCCAAACCUCUUUAUUUGGAUGUCAUCUUGUUGAACCCUGUGAAGGAACCAGACUGUGAAGAUGCAGACAAAGGUGAAUCUGCUGCUAAAAAACUCAAGCUUGCAGAAAAUGACGAAGUAGCAGGUGGUCCUACCUGUGCAUUUCAAUGUGCGUCUUCACAGGGAGUUGCAUUUGCUGUGUGUGAAGGGGCAGACGACAAUUUGAGAAAGGGCUCUUCCCCUUGUGACAGCAUGGAAACAAAUAGUGAUCUGAAUACUAAACUCGCUAGAAGCAUUAUACAAGUCAUGGAAAAGGGGGAUGCCUACGUCUUGGAUAUAGAUUUAGAUUUCUUCUCAGUGAAGAAUCCAUUCAAAGAAAUGUACACACAGGAUGAAUAUAAAAUCUUGCAGGAAUUGUACAGUUUCAAGAAACCAGGCGCUGAUUCCUUACAGGAUGCUUUAGUUAACUGUGUUGAGAGCCGCAUUCGUCAGCUUGAAGAUCUGGAAGCUGCAUUUGCAGAUUUCUGCGAGGAUGAUAGUGUGGAGACUGUACAAAGAUGGGCUUCCAAUCUUGGAAUGAGCAGCCUUGUCCAGCUUGUGAAUAGUUUGAAAUGUCGAAUGCAAGCACCGGACUAUGAAAUGAUUCAUCAGGCUGGUCUUACGUGCGAUUAUGCCGAACUUCCUCAUCAUGUUAGCUCAGAAAUGGAAAUUGAAUGUUUAAUCCAGUCGAUGAAAAAUUUAUUAAGACACCUCCCAAAGCCAACCCUUGUCACUUUAGCCAGGUCCAGUCUCGAUGAUUACUGCCCUUCUGAACAAGUUGAUUACAUACAAGAAAAGGUUCUGGAUGUGCUUCGUUCACUUUAUGGCACCCUGGAUGUUCACUUAGAAUUUUCCCCUGGAUCAUCAUCUGUCUGAUUGUCGGGUCACCACGUUUAUUCACAUAGUGACUAGAAAAGAGAACUCUCUCUCACACCACAAUAAACUGAGUCUCUGUGUGAA